AUGUCGAGCGAAAAGGCGCGGUUGAUUGGAAAACUGAAAUCGGCGAACGAUGCGCUGAAGGAAGGAUCGCUCGAUGCGGCGCUGGAGCGAGCGAGGGAGGCGACGGAGAUGGACGCCGCGAGUUACGAGGCGUGGGUGGUCGCCGGGAAGGUUUUCUGCGCGAGAGGCGCGAGCGAUGACGCGGUGAAGGCGUACGAACGCGCGAUCGGGAUCAGAGGGGAUCACCCGGCGGCGUAUCAAGGGUUGAAUGAGACGCACGCGAAGACGGGUGACGUCGAAGGGCAGUUGAGGGCUCUGAGCGCGCUCGUGGAGACGCAUCGAGCGAGUGGAAAGACGGAGAAAUACGUCGGGUUUUUGACGCAGGCGUGCGAUCUUGCGUGGGAGCAAAAAGAUUGGGCGCGCGCGAUUGGGUUUUAUCGCGAGCUCGGUCGUUUUCGCGAUGCGAGCGUGGAGGAGACGAAACGCAUCGAGGCAGUGCGUCGCGCGUGUGAAGCUGCCUUGGCGGCUCGGGACGCGCGUGCGGCGGAAGCUGGAGAAGCUGCGGUACAAAUGCUGCGCUCGACGACGAUCGCGUCCAAGAGCGAAGAAGCAAUCGUGCGUAAGCUUGGUAUGCGUGCAUCGCACGCCGUUGACGACGAGGCAUUGACGAUGACACUUUCUGAGUGGUUGGUCGAAGACGCAGCGAACGUUGCGUUUGACUCCAGGACACACGCCGCCGAAUUCGAUCGUCUCGACGCUCGCCUCGCCGCUUCGCUCUCGGCACAGGUCAACUGCGAGUUCGACCCAAAGAAGAGCGCGCGUGAGCUCUUAAAGGAGGCUUCAUCCCUCGUAGAUCGAUGGGGCGACGUUGCAUUUGACAUCGUUAGUGACUCCGUGCUGGAUGUCGUCGCCGCGCUUGAGCUCGGGUUGGAUUGCGAGGAAGAGGGAUGGGACGACGACGACGGCAACGAUGCAAACGAUGAAGCGGUUCUGAUCGAACUGCUCGCACGCGUCGAGAAAUCGCGCCCGAACGCGUUGGCGCGAGGUUGGCUCGCCUUGCGCUCCGUGCGCCGAAGUGGCGCGUUCGCGCACUCGUGUCGACCUGGUCAGCCUCCUCGAGGCGAGAAAGGAUUGUUGUCAACCGAUUUACGAGAUGACAUGAUCGUCACUCUCAACGGAGACGACGAAUCGAAACCGAGUCACGCGUCCGCCGCCCUCGGGUGGCUUGCGCUUUCCGAAUCCAUGCUCAUCGGCGGCGAACACGAAGAGGUCCAUGCGCUUCACUGCGCCGCAACGGCGAUGAAGAUUUUGAGAGUCGACGUGACUACGGACGCGCUACCGAAGACAUCGCGUCGAGUGUUAAUGGUGCAUGCGGAGGCGAUGCUACGAUCUGGGAUGUUCAAGCCCGCGCGAGCGGCGUUCAUCGCUUUGGAGGGACCGCGUGCUAUGCGCGGAUUAGCUAUGUGCGCAUACAACGCGCACCCUCCAGAGUACGACGAAGCUUUGCGCCUGUUAAGCGACGCCGCGGAGGCGUACCCGAAUGUUCGUCGCGUGCAAGUCGAGCUCGGAUGGCUCGCCAUGCUCGCCGGGUCGACAGAUUCGCGUGAUAGAGCGCUCGACAUUUUGGAACGUGCGUGUGGCGCGACUGCAGACGUACCACUCAGUCCGACGACGCCGGCCGAUGCGAGCGCGCGACUCGGCGUCGCUCGAUGGCGCUCGAGCUUAUGCACAUCGAAAGGUCCAGGGAGCGCGCACGAGGCGCUUCUGAUCGGCGCCGCGGGUGAAUCUCCGUAUCGUGCGGCGGCGUUUGCACAUUUGGGAUUGUCUUGCGCCGCCGCCGGAGACUCAGCGCGCGCGCGGAAGUGUCACGCCCGAGCGCUCGCGAUCGAUCCCUCGGAUCCGACGUCUGGUCCAGUGGCGUUCGCUGACGCUCUCGGCGCGGGAGAUGAGAGAAUGGCCGUGGCGGUGUGUCGCGCGGCUCUAAAAGUUGAUUCUCGAUGCUCUUGGGCGGCAAACAGGCUCGCUCCGCUGUGUGCCCGGCUCGGCGAUCACCAGGGCGCGGUCGACGCACUGCAAGUCGUCCUCCGCGUCUCGUCGCAAAAUGGUAACGCGUGGGAGGCGCUCGGUGCUGCGUACAACGCCCUCGGUCGACAUUCCGCAUCGCUCAAGGCUUUCGCGCGAGCGAUGGAGCUCGGCGACGCACAUUUGUACGCGGCGGCUCAAUCGGGGCACAUUCACCUCACUCUCGGUUCGUCCGUCGACGCCAUCCAGUGUUACGAAAAAGCGCUCAGUGAUGGAGUCGAUCGAGUUGCCGCGUUGUUCGGAUCGGCGAGCGCGCACGCAUAUUUCGCCAAGGGCGCCUUGCGCUGGGGCGCGCCCGGUCAAGCGGCGUCGUCUCUUCGAGCAGCGAAGAGCGCCGCUUCACGCGUAAUCGAGCUCAUGGGCGACGAAGCGACCGCAACGGUUUGGAAACUCGUCGGAGAUGUCCAUUAUCUCGCCGCACUCGUCAACGAUCCCGCACACGGGAGAGAUUACGAUUCCAUGCUCACUGAGCGCGCCGAAGCGGCUCGCGCAGCGACUCGGGCGCAUGAGCGCGCGUUAGAACUCCAUCACGAUCGUCCCGCGCGAUGGCGAGACGUCGUCGCUUCUUUGGUUCUUGAAUCGGACAUUUGCGCUGCGUUGGGCGAUGCGCAGUGCUCGAACGUGCUCAGAACAAAAGCUCUGGAGCGGGCGAUGGGAUACGUUCGACUUGAUUCGGGAGAUCCUCGCGCGUGGCUUGCACUGGCAAACUUAGACGAUCCGUCUGUUUCAGACGAGGCCGUGCGAUUGGAGCGGAAAGUCACCGCACUAGAUCGCGCGACGGCGCUCGACCCGACGUUCGCCGAAGCUUGGUGCGCGCUGGGAAGACUGCGACUGUCCUUAGGCGAUGUCUCUGCGGCGGCGACGGCGCUCGAUCGCGCACGCAUCGCCGAUCCCAGUUCGGGCGAAGCUUGGACCGUCACCGCCGCGGUGCACUGCGCGAGAAAUAAUAUCGACGAAGGUAGAGGGGCGUUCCGAAUGGCGUCGCAGCUCGGCGCUGGAUUCGAGGCGGAUUUAGGAUAUGCGCUCGCGUCGUGUGCGUCAAGUCCGUCGCACGCUCGUGACGCAUACGCAGCCGCGCGUCGCGCGAGUGAGGCCGCACCGGCGGAUGCGAGCGCGGCUCUAGCGUUGGCAUUAUGCUCGGAAGCUCGCGGUCUACGUUCGGGCGCCGUCGAGGCAUGCGAGCAAGCGUUGGAUCUUGGAUCGCGCGCCUCAGCGUCCAUGGCGCUCAUUGAAGACGCAAGUGUCGUUCGACGGGUCGCCGAACGAUGUCUCCAGCGCGUGCGCGAUCGAGAUGACAUCGAGAAUGUCGACACCGACGCCCCGUCGCAGUCGCUCGAAGAGGCUAUUCGUCGAGCGUUAAUCGCGACACGCGCUCAACCGGAAUGCUCCGAAUGCAGAAGAGAUUUCGUUCUCCUCGCGUCGGCUUCAAGCAAUCACGCCCUCGUCGCCGCGGCCGCUCGAGCGUGUCCAGAGGCCCAGCCUCGAGGUGAUCAUAGAGUGCAGUCAAGCAUCGAGCGCGCCGCGGCCGCAUGUGCACUCAACGCCACGCCCAUGGUUGGCGCCGAUGAAGCGCGCGCUCUAGCGAUUCGCCGAGCAUGCAGAGCUACGAUGCUCGAUCCAGGACAUCCGGAUUCCAUCGAUCUCAUCAAACUCUGCGCUGGUGCGUCGACGGAAGAAACAAACGCUCGAGAAACGCACCGGGUAAAGAUCUUGAACGACGCCGUUGAGCGAUUCCUCGCUGGUGAUCGUACUGCUGAAACCGUCGUGAGAGACAUGCGCAAGGAUGAAUCCGUGUCGCCGAACGCCCGUGCGUGCGCGCAGCUCAUCCUCGGCGCCUUCCUGCGAGAACGGUUCCGUGCCGAUGGUGAUAAAAACGCGUUAAAAGAGGCUCGUAAGGUUUUACGCGUCAAUCCGAGCAAAACGGGCGCGUUCGAGGACAUCGUCACCGCGUUCGCCGAGGCGCUGGAAGUCUCGUCGGCGUGA